AUCUUGGUAUCUUUAUUAAACAUCAGAAAGAAAUGUCAUCGUAGUUAACACAAAAAAGCAUUAAUAGAACUGAAUUGAAACAUUAAUUUACAACCAUGAUAAAAUAAUUACAAAUUACUGUACUUAAAAAAAAAACAACUACCACGACAAUAUAGUAUUAAAAAAAACAUUAAAAUGUAUUAUCAAAUAUAGAUAUUAAAAUUCUUACAUAAUUCGAGUUCUGAUCGGUUCGAAUUAUGUAAUUCGGUUUUCGGAGUGCGAGUUAAACUUAACAGUAGGAGCGCUUUGGCACAAUGGUUGCGGUUCUGCUUCCUAACCUUGAGGUCGGAGGUUCAUUUCUCUCUGGAAUUUCGCUUAUGUCAUUUGGCAAGGUACUUUACCACAGUUGUCGCUCUCCACCCAUGGGUAAAAGUGGGUACAGUUUCGAACACAUAAUGCACUGAUUACAGCUUUAACAUUAUGGAAUUCUCCCCAGAGAGCUGAGCAUGUGUUUAUGUGCUUAUCCAGUGACGGGGGUAAUAAGUGCGCUAUAUAAAACUACACUAUUACUACUAUUAUUAUUAUUACUAUUAUUAAGUGAAGCACUUAGAGAAACCUUGUUGGCAUUAGGCGUUAUAUAACUCUAACACAUUAUUAUUCAAAAUAACUGAAAUACACACACACAUGGCUCUCAAACAUUUGUUACGUUUACACUCUCAUACUUGUGGGACCUUGAUUAUUUUUCAAUUUACUUUUUGAAAUAUUGUUUUUUUCCCCUUCUAAACUUGUUUUCUAUAUAAACAUAUUAUAUAUAUAAGUUAGUUGUGUUUAUGGCGGCUGUCUUAUAAGAGCUAGUGAUUUAUUUGCUUAUAAAAAGGUGGCCCGAUCUAUCUGUUUUGUAAUUUUGUUGCCUUCUUAGAAUGGGUAAUUGACAUCGCUCUGGAAUAUUAAGCACUUUCGUCCGAUGUGAUUUGAACCUUCCUUAUAGUAAUAAAAAAAGAAACAAAACUGCAGCGGCCAACAUGGAAUUGAUCACACUGUAUUCUGCAGCAUAAAGUGAACGCAGCUAGCCUGCUGACUGCUGCAAAGCAAUGCUCACUUAAGGCGCUCUCGGCGCGCCAUAUACUUCCGUCAAAAUCGCUAAAGUUUGUUUUAUGUGCUCGAGUAUUCUGGGUCUAGGCCUAGGCUAGGGAGGCGAGGCCAUUUGCCUUCAUUAAUCUGCACCUCACGUCAUCCAGUCAUCUAUGAAUUUAUAGUGUACACUGCGUAAGUGGCCGUAAUAUGUGAAAAUCCAUGGUGAAAUGAGCUCUCUGCUUAGCUGGAACUCUUUUUUGCUGAUUAAAAUUUCAUCCGCUCGAGUUACCGUCCACCACUCAUUUGCAAAAGCCAUCCCAUCGGUCAGGGUGCUCAUCCAGGGACGACGAAGUCGCUAUCAUCAGUCCUCGUUGAGUGGUCGACACGAAAAAAUGGCGACGACUCUUGAGACCCUCAAUUUUGAUAAUUUAUCUCAGCGUUCGCUGCCUAUAGAUGAAGAAAAACGCAAUUUUACCAGGCAGGUGCGAGGGGCUUGCUUCUCAAAGGUUUCCCCGACGCCUGUUGCAAAUCCACAGAUUGUAGCCUACGCUGACGAUGUUAUGACAGGUCUUUUGGAUCUGCCUGAAAGUGAACUAAAGCGUGGUGACUUUGCAGAAUAUUUCGCUGGAAAUAAACUCCUCCCGGGAUGUGAUCCAGCUGCACAUUGUUAUUGCGGGCAUCAGUUUGGAAGUUUUGCUGGUCAGCUUGGAGAUGGUGCAACAAUGUAUUUGGGAGAAAUAGUGAACAAGCGAAGUGAAAGGUGGGAGGUCCAACUUAAGGGUGCUGGAGUCACUCCAUACUCAAGGUCAGCUGAUGGAAGGAAGGUAUUAAGGUCAACAAUACGUGAGUUUCUAUGCAGUGAAGCUAUACACCAUCUUGGAAUACCAACAACAAGAGGUGGAACAUGUGUAACCUCUGACACAAAGGUCAUCAGGGAUAUCUUCUAUGAUGGCAACCCCAUUCAAGAGAGGGCUUCCAUUGUUCUCAGAGUCGCACAAACAUUCUUGCGGUUUGGAUCUUUUGAAAUUUUCAAGCCGGAAGACAGUUACACGGGACGCCAAGGUCCAAGCGUUGGCAGGAAGGACAUUCUUGAGACUCUCCUCAACUAUACCAUUCAGACAUUUUUUCCAGAGGUUCAUCAGAGAAAUGAAGAGAAUCAGGAAAAGAAGUAUUUGGAUUUCUAUAAGGAAGUUGUUAGACUGACGGCUCAGCUGGUUGCAGGAUGGCAGUGUGUUGGAUUCUAUGUGUAUAAGAGACAGGAUAUACUCUCGCUAUUUUCUGAUCUAUCUGGUGUUUUCAGGCAGCUGGAGAUGUACUUGAUGUUGGCACAGAUGAACCCUGAUUUGUUGGGAGUAUUAGGACAGGGUCAGCGAAGACUUAUGCAAGAGCUGGAUAGAGUGAAGAAGUCAAAAGAACUGGAGAAACUGACUGAUGAAGAAAAAAGAAAAACAGAUUCAGAUGCAUGGAGUGCAUGGCUGAAGAUGUAUUCAACAAGGUUAGAGGCAGAGAGGUCAGAUGGUGAGACCUUAAUUACCGAAGAACUCAUCCAGCAUCGUGUUGACACCAUGAACAAAAAUAACCCAAAGUAUAUUCUACGUAACUACAUUGCCCAGAAUGCAAUUACUGAAGCAGAGAAUGGAAAUUUUAAUGAAGUUCGUCGUGUUCUGAAAUUACUGCAAAAUCCUUUUGAUGAGGCUCCAUUUGAGAAGCUGGAUGUAGAUGAGGUGGAAGUUGCUUCAGAAGAAGCAUCAUCAUCUUCAGCCAUCAGUCAAUCAAAGACAGGUUGCAAAGGUACAGGCUAUGAUAACCUACCGCCUGAUUGGGCGUUGAAUCUUAGGGUCACUUGAUCUUCGUAAAUACCUCAGAAUAUUAAGGUUCAUAUUGUCAGAUGUUACUUUGGGCAAAUUUAUUCAAAUACUGUAUAUGCAUUUCAUGAAAUGUAUGCAUAUUAUCCUGUCAAAUUUCAUGAAUUUCUAUAAUUGUUUAUUAUUUGUACAUAUAAAAUAAAUGGUUUUUUUUUUAAUUAUAAAAUUUGAAUAUAUAAUUUUUACCUAAAAGAAGGGUAAUUCACCUUGGCUUAAUUGUACUGUUUAAACUUUUUGUAAAAUAAUAUGCAGUAGAUUUUCCGAGGUUGUAGCUAUCUAAAUACUGUUCGUCAUGCAUUCAAAUGUAGACAGUACAAAGUUGAACAUUUGGGUGCACAAAAUGUGCAAUAAAUGUUUUAUUUCAAAAGCACAGUACCGCUGAUCAGCUUUUCUUCCUCAGUUAUUCUUCCCUAGUUUUGAGCUUUCAUUUUACCAAUUUGAUUGUUACAGACAACCAUACAUAUCAGAUCAUGCUUAUGAUGUAACCAAAGAAGCUCAAUCUAACUGGGGACCCUGAUGUAUCUUAAGGACAUUUUACAAAUGGAUUUAUGUAAUCUUAGUUACACUACAGGAAUAGUAAGCCACUGUUUUAAUACAGUAUUAUUCAGAUUGGCAUCUCUCAUAUGAGAUUUCACUAAGCGCACAAAUUUAAAAUACUCUUGUUCUCUGACAAACUGAAAUUUUAGUCAUGCCAACAGUGUGAGAUGUAAAUAAAAAUGAUAGUGGAAUAUUUUUAUAAUGUGCUGCUCAGUCAGUCACUGAAUGGGCAGUGCUAUGUGUUAACAGGCUUUGAAGGAUGAAUGCAAGUCUGAACUAAGUUAUAAUAAUCAGCUUAUGGUAUUUACCAUAUUAUUACAAUGACAAUAUGAAUAUUUAAAUUUCUGAGGUAACUUUUAAUUUUGUGGGUAUAGAAUGAGAAUGACUACACAAUCCAGAAAACAUUAUAACUAAUUA